AUGAUCAUGCAACGGAACGAGUUGGCAAGCUAUGUUCGUCAUCGUGCGGAACUCCCCCCAAUGAUCAAGCGGCCAUAUACUUGUGGCAAAUGCUUUGCCCAAACACCAUGCUUUCUCUAUCACAAAUUGGUAGAUGACGGUAAUGGCGAGACAAGCGGCCUUGGAGAGAGGUUCGACGACUUCGUUAAGCACCUGAAUCCUAACCACCAACUCUUCUUCAGCAAGUGGGACGCUUUGCUGACGAAAGAAGAGAAAGACUUUGUCAAAUUUCGCAAAGAGUUGUGGACAAUGCAAAGUUUCGAGCGCGAGAGGGUCGGACGAUGCUUCGGCAACGUCAUUAUUGACCCAGGUUCCUUCCAUAAAAUCGAAGGCGCUCUAAAGAUCAACCGCUAUGGCUAUACUUUCGUCAAGCAGAAGCCAACACCUAGCUUCUCUUUCAUAGAAUCCCAGAUCACUCUUGGUGAACCUAUUGUGAUCUCGGACGAGAAGGGACACUUUGCUCUUGCGAAUGGUUACGUGACCAGCGUACGGAAGCACAAAAUCCAGGUCGCCAUUGACCGCCGUCUGCAUAAUGCUCGAGCAAAAGGCAAUGAUUUUGACACUCUGCGAAACCAAACCUUUGCAGGUAUCAUGGAGGUGGUUGACAAGGGUUUUGGACAAUCAACCAUGAUACCCACGCAACCUGAUGAAACUAUAACGUACCGUCUCGACAAGGAUGAGUUCAGCAACGGCAUGGCAAUGAUUCGUACCAAUCUCGUUCGCUUGAUGGAGAAAGACGUUUUUGGUGUUCAAGCCCUUCGGAGAUUGAUCGUUGAGAAUGUGGCUCCUACCUUCAAGCCCACAGCGUCAGCGUAUACUCUUGCAGAUACGGCGAGCCAAGCUAGCCUGAAUGUUGACCAAAAGGCUGCAAUUGAGAAGGUGAUGAUCGCCAAAGACUACGCCCUCGUCCUUGGGAUGCCGGGAACUGGGAAGACGACUACCAUUGCACAUAUUAUUCGAGCUCUUGUAGCCCAAGGAAAGAGCGUUCUACUUACCUCAUAUACGCACACUGCUGUCGACAAUAUAUUGCUCAAGCUACGCAACGAUGGAGUUGGCAUCUUUCGCCUCGGUGCCGUCGCAAAGAUCCAUCCAGAAAUUCAAGAAGUUUGCAGAUCUUGCGGGCAAACCGAUCAAGACGAUGGAAGAUCUCAAGAGAUGCUACACGCAACCAAUUGUCGCAACAACGUGCCUAGGGAUUAA